CGGGGAGCGGAGCCGGCUGGCGCCAUGGAGGAGCUGAGCAGCGUGGGCGAGCAGGUCUUCGCGGCCGAGUGCAUCCUGAGCAAGCGGCUCCGCAAGGGCAAGCUGGAGUAUCUGGUGAAGUGGCGAGGCUGGUCCUCCAAACACAACAGCUGGGAACCUGAAGAGAAUAUUCUUGAUCCAAGGCUGCUCCUUGCCUUCCAAAAGAAGGAACAUGAGAAAGAGGUGCAGAAUCGGAAGAGGGGCAAACGACCCAGAGGCAGGCCCAGGAAACAUGUGGAACCAGAGGUGCCUCCAAAAGUCAAGUCAAGUAGCUCCUCAUCCUCCACGUCUUCAUCUUCUUCCUCCUCUGAUGAAGAGGAUGAGAGUGACCUGGAGGCAAAGAGAGGUCCCCGGUGCAGAGAGACUCACCCAGUGCCACAGAAGAAAGCUCAGAUUUUGGUUGCAAAGCCGGAAAUAAAAGACUCUGUCAGGAAGAAGCGUGGGCGGAAACCUCUGCCUCCGGAGCAAAAGGCAGCCAGAAGGACCAUGAACCUGGCAAAGGUGCUGAAAACAACCCGAAAGGAGAUGGGUGGAGGUUCUAAACUGAUGGGGAAAUUGCAGCCCCAACACAAUGCUCAGGCCUCAGGUAUUGCUGUGCUUAAAUCUAAUGUGAAAGAGCCCCAAAGUGCACUGAGUGGGCUUGGUUCAGGGGGCUUAUCCACUGAGAACCUGCCCAAUAUGCUGAAGGGCCCCUCUGGGAGCCCAAGCCAUGGGAUCAGCUGGCAGAGUUCUAUCGUGCACUACAUGAACAGGAUGUCCCAAAACCAGAGCUUGGCAGAGGCCUCAGCCCCAGGGAGGCUGGCACUCAAGUCACAGGCAUCCACCAAGAGUAGCCUAGGACUGGACUUAAAAAUGAGAAACCAGAAAGGAGCUGGGGAGCCUGGGUUGAAUGUGCAAGGAUCCAAAGCAGCCAAGGCACUCGGCAGUGGUGCUGGAGGGGAUCAGAAAUCAGGCUUCACUGCUGGGGCUCAGAUCCUGCCCAACGGCAGCAAGGCACCUUUGAAUUCGCCUGCCCCAGGAAGCCAGCUGACUUCCAAUCAGGAGCUGAACCUUCAAGCUUUAAACUUACAGAGUAUCAAAAAUGGGCCAAAUUCAGCAGGUGACACCAGCCACCCUCGGCAUGUCUGUGGAACUGUGGCCAAAAGUUCUGGCGCCGCAGCUGUGAAUGUGGGGGCAGCCGCUGGCAAGGGCAGCGGGGUGGGCACAGUGCUGAAUAGACAAGACACAGGGCUGCCGCCAGGCAUGGAAACCUGCAAAAAUGAGAAACCAACGCAAAGAACAGCUGCUGGGGAAAGAGACAUGACAAAAAGUGGUGCCCCAUGUGCGCAAGAGGGGCACCCCACAACAGAGAACCACAAGCCGGCAGCCCUGUCUGAAAUGAGUACCGGCGAAGAGGAGACCAGCUCCGAUUCGGAUCGGGAUUCUGCCUCGUUUCCUGGUAUGGGCCAGAACAUGUCAGUCUCCAUCCAGACCAGCCAGGACUGGAAACCUACCCGCAGCCUGAUCGAACAUGUCUUUGUCACAGAUGUGACAGCCAAUCUGAUUACAGUGACCGUCAAGGAGUCUCCCACCAGUGUUGGGUUUUUCAAUCUUAGACAUUACUGACCCAGGAGGUACGAGGUGGGGGGAUGGGUUCCCGUAACCCCUUCUGAUGCCUCUUUCCCAUUGGCUUUACCUGAUUGUUUCAUUCGGUUUUUCUUCAAGUGAAUGCCAGAUGGCAAUGGGAUUUGGGGAGGCAAAAAUCAGGUGUCCCUGCCCCUAUAAGCAAUUGGCUAUUAAACAGCACUCCGGCUUCCCCCAACAAAGUGUUCUGCCAUUGCCGGUCAGCAAUGUUCUUGGUGGUUCACUGUAUCUGUGGAGGCUUCCUGGAGCCAAUAGAGAUUUUCUCUGAGGGCUGCGAGGAGUAGGAUACAAUGAAAUCUGUUAAGAGCUACCAAAGGGCAUUCUGUUUUUCUGACCGCUAUAGCAGAUGGCACCAGAGUAAGGCUAAUCCAGUGGUUCUCUGGUGGGGAUUAAGGCUGGCUGCUGAAAAGUGCUUAGCAAGUGACUGGCAAGCCAGGUUUCUCUGUGGUUGGAUUUCUUUGCUGUACAACUUGAAAUGUCAGAACACCAGGUACCUGCAACACCAGAACAUGCAAGUACCUGGACAGUUGGGGAGAGGGCUACGGGAUCAUGCAAUGUAACAGGCUAAAGCUUUUCCUUGAGAAAAAGUG